AUGCAGCUCAAGUUCUUCACCAUCCUCACCUCCUUCUUCACGGUCGCCAUUGCUAACCCGACCCAGCUCGAGGUUAACGUCGUCAGCGAAGAAGACUUCAUUCAGUGGCUGAAGACCACCGAUGCGAACCUCACCUUCAUCGGCGACCCCAUCCCGGGCUUCAAUGCUCCCGAAGGGCUUACCACCCGCUCUGCGCAGUCGACAAUGGUGACCUUCUGCAGCUCGCGCAUCAACAACAUCUGCGGCGGGGCGUGCAACGUGUAUAACGGCGGCCCCACAUGCAUCGCUGCGCCGGAUACGGUCUGCCUCUCUGCUACUCACGAUGUUGGCUUUUGCGACCGCGCCGGAUGCACCCAUAGCUGUAACUCGUACAAUAGCUGUGGGACGCGCCUCGACAAUGGCUUUUGCUACACGCAGGGAACGAGCGUCGCCCAGGUCGUCUCCGUCGUCGUCGCUCACGUCGAGCAGCUCGCUGCAAUGGAGUACGCGAAUGCGGAAGCUGGGCCAUCCAGCCCGCGCGAAGUCCAGCCAGAACCCCGUCUGCACUUGUGGCCACCACGCCCACCUCAGCCCGUCUACUUGCGUAGCACGGAUGAUCUCCUCUCGCGAUUCCAACUCUAUCCUGCUUAUGACAAGUGGGUCCGCCCAUAUGUGAUUCCCCUUGACCCCAACAACCCCGACCAACCCCUUCCCUCGGCUGGCGCCUCGGACAACAAGGGCAAGGCCAGAGAUGACAUGAUGGACGUAGACGUACCCAACCCUCCCCCUUCCGCGGGCGGAACCUCUCUAUCAGAAUCCGCCAAGAAGGAGGCUGCUGACGAGGCGGGCAAGGAGGAGAAGAAAAGGAAGAACAACUAUAGGCAUCUGAUUAAGGGAUUGCCAGGAAAACACUCUACGAAAGGCCACGACGACUACUACGAACGGCUAAUAAUGCAAGAUCAGAAACCACGAGUCAGAAUACGACCGUUCGACCUCAGGAAGCACGAGGAGGCCUUCAGUGUCAGCCCACAGGGUAUCCCAGGAGAUCAGUACAACGCGCAUGUCCUUAUCCAAGAGUCUGCCCAAGCGCGGGAGGACCGCAAGAAAGCGAAGCAGCUCCGCAAGCUUCAACACGCGCACGGCUCCCAGCCGCCACCUCCCACCCAAGUGCCCACCCCUGCCUCGACUCAACACACCGGGACGCCUCGCCCUGGCCUGCAGUCCCGGCAAAGUGUGGCGAAGCCGCCGCCGCCUGUCAAUACGCGCGUGGGAACACCGCGUGCGGGGACCCCUUUGCGGAGCGCCGUGUCCGCUGCGACGCCAGCGCCGUCGAGCGCGCAAGCUCGGGGGCGAACGCCCAUCCAGCCACCCACCGCCAACGCCCCGCCCCGUGGCCAAAAGCGCGAGCGCGACGAUGCUCCGCCGACGCCGGUGACUGUCAACGGUCAUGCGGCGCCGCAAGCGAACGGUGGCGCCGCCCCUGUAAAGGCGAGCGGCAGGGCCGGCGUCCCCGGCGCGCGGCCCAGACCGGUCAAGAAGCAGCGUCUGGAUUCCCAAGGGAUCGCUCGCGAUGCGAGCGCGCCAAUCCAGCAGCCAACACCGCAGGGCGUCUGAGCUGUGAAGGUGGAGUCGUACGGGAGGACGGAGUGCUGGUAUCUCCGCACCGUGCGAUAAUCACCAUAUCAUUAUGCUUUCCAUUUCGGUAACACAACCGACAUCUUCGACUCUUGUUGAAGUGCUCGGCUCUGUCGUCCUCGGGAAACUCCCCGAGCGAACGCUCAGUUCUGCCCUAGCGUCCUUGUUCCCGAAUAAUCUCAGCUACCUUUCCCCCUUGCACUGUCACAUCGAUGUCCCAGUCCAUAUUCAACCCCAAUCUUCCGUAUCGCAUCUCAUCACACUUAUAGCAUACCUUACGUACCAUUACCCAUCCACAAUUGCCAGCUCCCGUCUGUCUGUUCUUGUACCUGGACGUAUUCAAUCUUGACGGCGUCUGACUCUCGAACUCGGCGUGAG